UGAGCCUUGUGGUGUUUAAACACGCUGAAAGUGCAACAACUCUCUUCCUCAAUCAAGCGCAACCAGUUCAACACCUCCGAGGGAGUUGAGAUUGCUUGUGCAUGCCUUCAGAUUCAUAAGGACUGGAAUUGGAUAGACACAUCUUAAUUAGAAGUAAAAGGAGUAGUUUACCUUGCGGAGAAAGAGGAGCGGUUGUUUUGGAGAGGAUGAAACAAUCUAAAAGUGCAUCAGAGUUGAUUGACUUGAGCUUUCUGUCUGCCGAGGAAGAGGCAGCUAUCCGUCAAGUGCUUCUGAGAGAUGAGGAUUUAAAACGACUCGAGAGUGGACGGGUCAGGAAACUGAGGCAGUCAGUCCCUGACCUUAAGCAGCUGAAGACCUUGACAGGUGAGUGGUUUGAAGAGCUCAGGGUCAAGCGAUACGGGCAGCAGACGGACGUCACAGCAGUAGUGAGGUCCUCCAUGAGAUGGAAGAAAACAGCAGCCCAUAAACCCAACCCUUUCCUGAAAGAUAUACUAGAGGAGAACAAAGAUGGUGAAAAGAAGGAGCGCAGCACAACUCCAAAUCCCUCAGCUAACCCUAGAUUAAUUCACCCAGUCCUUAGCAAAGAGACUUAUCAUCAAUAUACUGACGAGGACUUUAUGGAUGAUGAGACAUUAUCUGCUCUAAGUCUGGCUGGUAAAGGCUCCUCAGAAAAACAAAGAGCUGCAAAUAAUGGCAAACUUGCCCUCAAUGGCACUGACCCCAGAAACAAUUCAACAGAAACACAACACAAAGAAGUAUCUGGUGACAAAACUGUUUCGCCAAGUACAGUUCAAGUGCAACUUGAGACUAAAACUGAAAGUGGUGCUGCAAAACAAGCAACAAAUUCCGAGCGGAGGAGAAAGGUUUCACUCCCUCCUGCAUUAUGGAAAGACCAGUCAUUUGAAGAAAACUGGGUGAAUCUCUCACUAGAACCAAAUACAAUUAAACCGGCACCGGUUGAAAGCAGUGUUGGACCUAAACUGAGAGAGGGAAAAGAUGAUUCAAAUGAUUUCAAAGAUGACCACCCAUUUGAGAUGGGAAAGAAGAAAACAUCCAAAACCCAAGAUGAUCUGUUCUUACAGAAUGAAAGAACAGCUGAUGCAAGUAGGGUGGAAGAUUUCGAAAUGUCACCACCACACAGGACGCCAGAACCACGUGUCAGUGGUAAAGCUAUGCAGAGGGAUCUUGAUGCCCAUGAAGAUAAAGAAAAAAAUAACACCAAGCCAUCAAAUGAUCUGAACUCACAAAAAGACAUCCACAUUACAAGCCAAGCUUUAGCAGAACUAAGCAAAGACCACAUUUCAAUCACAUACGAGGGGGAUUUAAUGCACAGUGGAGAUGUUGGAUUGAAUGUUGACUCUAAACAUCAUGAGAAAGCAGAUGUUGAACCAGUUCAGCCAGGUACAGGGUCAAGUUUUCAACCAACAAGUAAAUAUGUUGCUGGGCUGGUCACUCUACCAGAACUGGAACAAGGUUCUUCAGAAUUGAAAGACGAGGAGGAAAAUAAUGAAUCAGACCAGAGGACUGAGUCUGAUAUUCUACUAAGUGUUCUUGCAAGAGCCCACAAGACAAGGCCACCUGUCUUAAAGAGGAUCACCACACUGGAGCCAAAGCCGGAGGCUGGAGAUGAUAUGAUUCCCACAAUUGUCAUUAUGUCAUCUGAAUCUCCAAACCCAAAAGAAAUGGAAGGUAAUAAACAUCCAACAUCUUUUUUGGAUACUUCAGUUGAGGCUUCCACAACUCCCUCUUACACUGCAGAUGCUUGGGAGGAUGAAGGCGUAGAUUCUGAUGAUGAUACUUAUGGGUCGGAACUCUCCAGCAGAAAAGGCUAUUCUGCUACUGCAUUGUCACUUACUGAUCGCACCGGUAGUUUGCUGAGUGUGUACAGUGAUGCAGGGGACUUUGGAGAUGUUGAGGUGCAGGGCUCUGUGGAGUUUGCAAUGAUGUACAGCCCUGUUGGAGAGCUCAUAAUAAUGAUUGAACAGUGUCAAGAUCUGGCUAUUGCCAUUCCCCGUAAACAACGUACUGAUCCUUAUGUGAAGACUUACCUCUAUCCAGACAAGUCUCACCGCAGCAAAAGGAAAACGUCCAUCAAGAAACGCACUGUUAACCCAGUUUAUGUUGAAUCUCUGAGAUACAAGGUGAAACGUGAAGAGCUACCGGAAAAGACUCUGAAUCUGUCGGUGUGGCACAAUGACUCUAGGGGAAGAAAUAUGUUCCUAGGGCAGGUUGAAAUCAGUCUGAAGACCUGGGACUGGGGACAUGAGGCCCUUUCCUGGUACAACCUACAGCCCAAGACUGCAGAAAAUCAAGAAUCGCAAGAGUCUCAUGGAUCUUUAUCAGUUUCGCUGAAAUAUGUUCCUUAUGAGACCACCGGUGGAUCGAAAAACAAUACUGGGGAGAUUCAUGUCUGGCUGCGAGAGGCAAAAGAAUUACGUCGCCUGAAGCCUCAGGGAGUUGAUUCUUUUGUUAAAUGCUUCAUAUUACCAGAUUCCAGGAAGAAAAGCCGUCAGAAGACCCGUGUGGUAAAGAAGACCCAGGACCCGGUAUAUAACCAUACCAUGGUGUAUGAUGGAUUCAAAGCAGGCGAAGUCAGUGAGACCUGUUGCGAACUGACCGUGUGGGAUCAUAAUGCACUGUCCAAUCAGUUUCUCGGAGGUCUGCGCCUCAGUCUUGGAACAGGGCAAAGCUAUGGCAAGAAAGUUGAUUGGAUGGAUUCAAUGAAUGAGGAAGUUGAAAUAUGGAAAAGAAUGUUGGCCAAUCCAAACAGAUGGGUUGAGGCUGAACUUCCCCUGAGGUCCUCCAUGACCUCAAGGAAAUAAACCUCCUGAAGUUCAUUUGUGCGCUCAGAUGUUUUGUGGUUUUUGAAGAGAAAAACAGUUGUUGGUUGCUUAAACAAAACCAAGCAUUGUCGAUUGCCAAAUACAUUUCUUAAUUUCAGUCUUUCUCUAAACAAAAAAGGAUGUUGGCUGCUCCAGAUAAACAUAUACACAGUAAAUAAUAUAUAAAUAUAUAAAAUAAAUAUGUUGGAAAUUGUGUCUGGGCAUAUAUGAUUAUGUUUAAAAUAACAGAGUAUAUUAAAGUUGUCCAUCAAUGUCUGAAUGAAUUAUAGUCUUGAUAUAUUGUAAGUACUUUAUCAGCUGUAAUUGAUUCCUUGCCAAAUAAAACAAAAUAAAAACAACUUUGAGAAUGAAUUUAUUUUUAUAAUUGGUUUAUU